AUGCCUGGCUAUGGUCUGGGGGUUGGCGCUAAAUACAUGGAGACAAUGGUAGCUGGGUUCAGCGUGCACUCCACCACAGGUGACCCACAGUUUCAUUACGAGAAAGAGGAAGAAUCAGGAAUAAGCAUGAGGAAUUCUGGAGGCAGAGGUACAAUCAGAUCAGCUGUGAACAGCUUACAUAGCAAAUCUAAUAGAGCUGAAGUUGUAAUAAACGGCUCCUCAUCACCAGCUAUUGUUGACAGAAGUAAUGAAAGCGUCAAACACAACAUCCAGCCAGCCUCGUCCACAUGGAGGCACAACCAGACGCUCUCUCUUAGGAUCAGGAAGCAAAUUCUAAAGUUCUUGGAUGCCGAAAAGGAUAUUUCCGUCCUCAAGGGGACCCUGAAGCCCGGAGACAUUAUUCAUUACAUCUUUGACAGAGACAGCACGAUGAAUGUGUCCCAGAACCUCUAUGAGCUCCUCCCCAGAACCUCACCGCUGAAGAACAAGCAUUUCCGGACUUGCGCCAUCGUGGGCAACUCGGGUGUCCUGCUGAACAGCGGCUGUGGGCAGGAGAUCGACGCACACAGCUUUGUCAUCAGGUGCAACCUAGCCCCAGUGCAGGAGUAUGCCCGGGACGUGGGGCUCAAGACAGACCUGGUGACCAUGAACCCCUCUGUCAUCCAACGUGCCUUUGAAGACUUGGUCAAUGCCACAUGGCGGGAAAAGCUGCUGCAGCGUCUACACAGCCUCAACGGCAGCAUCCUGUGGAUCCCUGCCUUCAUGGCCAGGGGUGGCAAGGAGCGCGUGGAGUGGGUCAACGAGCUCAUCCUGAAGCACCGUGUCAACGUGCGGACUGCAUAUCCCUCGCUGCGCCUGCUGCAUGCUGUCCGCGGAUACUGGCUGACCAACAAAGUUCACAUCAAAAGACCCACCACUGGCCUCUUGAUGUAUACCCUGGCCACACGUUUCUGCAACCAAAUCUACCUCUACGGCUUCUGGCCCUUUCCACUGGAUCAGAACCAGAACCCAGUCAAGUACCACUAUUAUGACAGCCUCAAGUAUGGCUACACCUCCCAGGCAAGCCCUCAUACCAUGCCCUUGGAGUUUAAGGCCCUCAAGAGCCUCCAUGAGCAGGGUGCUUUGAAACUGACUGUUGGCCAGUGUGAUGGGGCCACGUAAGCUGGGCCCCACAUGGGACUCAGUGGCUCACAUUUCCUGCCAGCUACACCACAGGCAGAUGGGAGUCGGGGUGGCACAAAAAAAAAAAUAGGACAAGCAGGCUAGUGGUUUUCUUUGUUAAAGUGUAAAACAGUGACCAGAAUAUAUAUAUCUAUACCUGCAUAUAUAUAUUGACCUGAGUAUUUAUAACUGUGUGGUGUUCACCUAGCAUUAGGCAGAUAAGCCACAGGAAGAAGGUGUGGAGAACCCACCUGAACUAGAUUGAGACUCAGUCCAUCUUUGGAAGCGGAAGGACUUGACAUGAAAAGAAGCAAGUCCCAUGACUUUGGAUGAUAAACUGCCUCCUGGUUUGGAGGGAUCUUUGGGCUCAUGGACGAAUGGAGAGCCACCUCUUGUCAGCUGCCCCAAGCCUCUGGGAUUGUGGAUUCUGGGAGAGUCAAGACCCAGAGAGGAUACUUGACGCAGUCUAAAGCGGGUGCUGUUCACGGAGGAGAGGGAGGUUAGAGAGAGUUCAGUCAGGCAAAGGAGCACAAGGAAACCAAGCAGCAAGGGUCCCAUCAAAGCUGAGGGCCUUGUUCCACGAACUCAGAGUUUGACUGCCCAAGGGACAGACUACAGUUGACUCACACGUCCCAGAAAGGCCUCCAC